UAGUUGGUGGGUGGGGGCGGACGUGUUGCUAUAACAGUCGAAGGACUGUUUUCCGAAACUGUCUUCAUUUCUGAUAAUAUGUCGAAGGCGGUAGCAGGCAAAGGGUCUCGUUGGGCUUUAGAUUUUACGGUUAAAGGCAAAGAGAGAAAUGCGGACUUGCCAUCGCCACCUGGCUACAGUUUGUCAGUAAACCAGACCACAGAGGCGAAUAAGGCUAAUGAUCCUAGCCUGGUUAUCAAGCGGGCAUGGGACCUUGCUCUUUCUCCACUGAAGCAGAUACCCAUGAACCUGUUCAUCAUGUACAUGGCCGGCGACUCCAUAUCGAUCUUCCCGAUCAUGAUGAUCGGGAUGAUGCUUCUUCGCACCGUGAAGGCGCUCUUCUCCAUCCAGCAAACGUUCAAGAUGAUCGAGGGCGACCACGCCAUCCUGCAGCGGCUCGUGUACCUGGUGGGCAUCCUGGCCAGCAUCGGGCUGGCGCUGUACAAGUGCCAGUCGAUGGGCCUGCUGCCCACGCACGCCUCCGACUGGCUGGCCUUCGUCGAGCCCCAGGAGCGAAUGGAGUUCGCCUUCGGCGGUGUCAAGAUGUGAAGCGCGUGUGUGCGGACUCGGGGGGGGGGGGAGGGAGGGGGGCUGUAGGUACGUCACGUGCGGAAUUUGUGAGUGCGCGCCUCUGUGAAGUUAGAGGUGUGCCUAUGGAUAUUCAUGUUUGAUUUGUGUGUUAUGUACAGUAUCGUGAUUGUUUGGUUUGUGGCAUAACUAUCGUCGGGCUCCUUUAUGUAAUUUUUUCUGCAGUAAAGUUUGGGCGUUUUUUUUUUAUUAAAUGCCAUCACGCGCUGUUCUUGGAUACUGAUGCUCAUGAUGAUCUGGCCGGGAUGCCCACCCCGACUGAGGUCGUCGGUCUGACGCUGACAUCUCCAUGGCUCCGCUGCGGUCUUGAAGGAUUCGGGACUGCGGACUGCGGACUGCGGCCAGGUUUUGUAACCUCUUGAGAGCCGUGGUGGGUAAUUAUGAGCGCAGUGGCUCGUACGUAUAAUGCAUUGUUUAUCUGUGCUGAUACCAAGCAAAACAACUGACAAAAAUUUGGAAAUACAUGUCGAGCUGUCCAA